AUGAUAUCUUCAAAUUAGAAUGAUUUCAGAUAAUUUAGCCAAGUAGUAGAGGUUUCAUUAAACAAUAUUGAUUAAAGUCAGAAUUUAUAUGAUAGAUUUUAAGGCAUUAAUACAGAGAAUGAAUUUGAAGAAUAAAAUCAAAUUGUCUCUGUAGAAUCAAUUAGAAUUCCAUUUAAUAAAUUAGAUUUCAUUUAAUAGCCAAUAACACCUAUGAAGUUUAUAACAUAAUUUAUUAAAAUAGGAUUAUGCCUGGAUAUAUUAAAAAGAUUAAUAAUUCUUAUAAAUUCUAUAUUUUUGACCUUAUGUUGUUGGAUGCUACAAAAAUAGGAUUAUUAAAUUAGAAAUUCAUAAUUAAUUCAGAGAGUAAGGCUCUUGUUGGAAAAAUAAAAAUAUUUGAUAAUGGAAAACUUUAUGUUUUUUAAGAUGGUGGAAUGAGUCCAAAAAAAUGUACAAAUUAAUCAUUUUAUAGAAAAUAUUUGGGAAGUAUUUGUAAAUAAAAUGAAUUAAAAGUAAUUUUAAAUUUAUCUUUUAGUGUCACAUUCCAAAAAUAAAUUAAUUAAAUAAUUAAAUAUAUUCUUAUUCCCCUGUUUAUUUUAAGAAAAACAAAGAAAUCAUUUAGUAAAAUAAUUAAUUCUUUGAAUUUUAUAACAUCUUUAAAUUUAAAAAAUAAAAUUUAUGGUCAAUUAUUUACAAAAAAGAACUCACAUCAGAUCAAUUCUUGAUAAAAAUAUAAAAAAUAGAUGAAAAAACAUUUGAAGUACUUUAUACUACACCCAUUAAUCAUUUAUAAGCAUUUUAGAUAAGUAUUUCUGUAAUACAAAUUAUUUUAUGA